AUGCCAGGAAAAAAUGACACGGGGAUCUUCAGGAACCGCGCUGUUAAUCAAAUGACAGAGCAGAUAGAACAUACCACUGAGGAAAAUGAGACGUUCACGCCACAACGCACUAUAGGGACAGCAGCAGACCGCGCAAGACGCAAUCUAAAUGCCAAACUUGCCAACCCACUUGCUGGCUAUAGCCAUGAGGAGCUGCGCAAGAAAGGUGUUCAGUUCGCGCUCUCCCACCAGGUUGGCGAUGAGGACGAUGUCCGUGCCUUCGAGCUCGGCGCGGUUCUAGCACAGGCGCCGGAAAAGUUCGCAAGUGUCCCUGGUCUAUCCCCUCGGGAGCUUCAAAUAUUGCAUGAUGAGUUCAAAAACCGGUGGUCUCAGCCAUGGACGAUGUAUCUAGUCAUUGUCCUGUGUUCGCUAUCGGCUGCAGUGCAAGGAAUGGACGAGACGGUUGUAAAUGGUGCUCAAGUGUUUUACAAACCUCAGUUCGGCAUUGGUGAUGAUAACUCAAGGUCUCGCUGGCUAGGCGGAUUGGUGAAUGGUGCCCCAUACUUGUGCUGUGCUUUAGUUGGCUCCUGGUUGACUGUCCCAUUUAAUCAUUGGUUCGGUCGUCGGGGCACCAUCUUUAUCACUUGCUGCCUUUCGGCAAUCGCAUGUCUAUGGCAAGGAUUCGUCAACACUUGGUGGCACAUGUUCAUCUCUCGAUUCGCACUGGGCUUUGGAAUCGGCCCAAAAUCUGCAACCGUCCCUAUAUAUGCUGCCGAAACAGCCCCUCCUGCUAUUCGUGGUGCGCUGGUGAUGCAAUGGCAGACGUGGACUGCAUUCGGAAUCAUGCUGGGUUAUGCCGCCGACCUCGCCUUCUUGGAAGUGCCAGAUCAUCCAGAUAUUGUCGGUCUCAACUGGCGUCUCAUGAUGGCUUCGGCUUUGUUUCCGGCUGUCCUCGUCUGUGCAUUUGUUUUCACCUGUCCCGAAUCGCCCCGGUGGUAUAUGUCACAGAAAUCUUACGACAGGGCAUAUCAAUCCAUGUGCAGCUUGCGCCAUCACAAGAUCCAGGCAGCCCGAGACCUAUACUAUAUGCAUACCUUGCUGGAAGCGGAGACGGGGAUGAAGCUCGGCCAGAACAAGCUUCUAGAGUUGAUAACUGUUCCUCGUAACAGGCGUGCAAUGAUCGCGUCCGAGCUCAUGAUGUUCAUGCAACAGUUUUGUGGAGUGAACGUCAUCGCCUAUUAUUCAUCCGAGAUUUUCCUGCAAGCAACAUCCAACCAACGAUCCGCCCUAGCUGCGUCGCUAGGCUGGGGCCUGAUAAACUGGAUAUUUGCCAUUCCCGCUGUAUACACAAUCGAUACAUUUGGUCGUCGUAAUCUCCUCCUAACCACAUUUCCCUUGUUGGCUCUUGCCAUGUUCUUCACCGGCUUCAGCUUCUGGAUACCAGAGGAAACGCACAAGACUGCUCGGAUGGCAUGCAUUGCCCUGGGGAUCUAUAUUUUUGGUGUCGUAUAUUCCCCUGGCGGAGGACCUGUUCCAUUCACGUAUUCGGCUGAGGCAUACCCGCUUUAUGUACGUUCAUACGGCAUGGCUUUGGCAACUGCCACAACAUGGCUGUUUAAUUUCGUCCUUGCGAUCACCUGGCCCUCAUUGCAGGAUGCGUUUACUCCGCAGGGUGCAUUUGGCUGGUAUGCCGGUUGGAACAUUCUCGGAUGGUGGCUGGUCCUCAUGUUCCUACCCGAGACCAAAGGCAAGACACUCGAAGAACUAGAUCAGGUGUUUUCAGUACCGACUCGAUUUCACGCGGCGUAUGGACUCAGACAGAUUCCAUACUUCAUCAAGAGAUAUUUCUUGUGUCAGGGAGUGGAACCGGAGAUCUUGUAUGAACGGGAAGACCCGGUCACUCACCCAAGAGAUGUUGGUUAUAAUGCGGCGUGA